AUGGCAGACGGCGAAGUUGUCCCUCAUAGUCUCUAUGUCUAUGCCCCCAACAUGGGUGCACCCAUAUUGUUCACUGUUCUUUUUGGAAUCUCAGCUGUCGGUCACCUCUGGCAAUGCUGCCGGUACAACUCCUGGACAAUCAUCGGACUCCACCCACUCUGCGCCCUUAUAUUCACCACCGGGUACGCCUUGCGCGAAUACGGCGCAUACAACUACAUAUACACCACCGACACGCCCCAGCAAACCAUGACGAUCUACAUCAUGAGCCAGGUCUUCAUCAACAUAUGCCCUCCUCUUCUCGAACUCGCAAACUACCACAUCCUCGGCCGAAUCUUCUACUACGUCCCCCAUCUCGCCCCCAUAGCCCCAAACAAAGUCCUCGGCAUCUUCGGCGCCCUCAUGGGUAUCGUCGAAGCAAUCAACGCGCUAGGCGUCGCAUUCACAUCCAACCCAAAAGGCAACAAGCAGAAUCUCGGCAGCAUACUCAUUCUCGUCGCACUCAGUAUCCAGCUAUGUGUGAUAACAAUAUUUAUCUGCGUCGGCGGGCUCUUCCACCGACGAUGCGUAACAUCCAGAGCCGCAGUCCAGAAGAGAAAAAUCCCAACUCUCAUGAUCACGCUCUACACCAGCAUGGCUCUCAUCUUGAUCCGGUGUAUCUACCGUAUCGUCGAGCACGCCGGGAAUACGGCGCUGGACACGGACGACGCGCAGAAAAUGCAAAACCUCAGUCCCCUGCUGCGGUAUGAGUGGUUCUUCUAUGUCUUCGAUGGGGCAGUCAUGCUGGCGAACUCGUGGCUGUGGAAUGUUUUCAACCCCGGUCGGUAUCUCCCAAGGGAUCGGACUGUUAGUCUAGCUGAAGAUGGAGUGAGUGAGACCGAGGGUGGGAAUAAGGCGGGAUAUCAGCCUUCUAUUGCUGAGCUGGGGAGGGCGGCCUUGCAGUUGUUGACGUUUGGGCUUUGGGGACAGAUGUUUCCGCUGGAUGAGAAGGAUGAGAAGGAUGUUCGGUCUGUUGCUUCUUGA